CUCAAUAUUUUACCAUCUUCACUGCUUAAGCAUGCCUCCUCCUCCUGUUGCUGUUUACAGAUCGGAUGAUUUCUUAGCCCGUACUGCUUUUUUCCUGAGAUUUCCUGUAGCUGCUUUGACUGAAGAACUUGAAAACCGAACUCCCAGUGAACAACGAACUUUGAUUGGUGAGACGCUCUACCCUUUGGUGGAAUUACUCCAGCCAUUGUUUGCACCAAAAAUCACAGGAAUGCUUCUUGAACUACCCCGAACCCAAAUCUUUCGGUGCAUAGAAUCACCAGAAGUCCUCAAAGAGAAGGUUAAUGAGGCAAUUGAUGUUUUAGUGGACUGGUAUCCCCAACAGAUGAAGCUAAACGAGCAAGAAGCUAAGGAGUUUCGAGCAGCCAUGCUCUUAUCUAAGCUUUGAUGUGAUUUUGCUUGGUUUAAUUAUGUUUGAUGUUGCAUUUUGAUUCUGAAUAAAAAGCUUAAGAUUCUAUCAUUAUUGGUAAUGUACUCAAUGUUCUAAUGA